CGUUCUUAAGGGUCGGUYGCCACYGUUGCAGCACGCGCACGUUCAGUGCUAAAUUCACCCUCGUCGACCUCAGUCCGCCGCUCCACUAUUGUAAUUUAUACCCACUCGUAUUUGAUAAUAAUAUAUUUUAAUUAUAAAUUGCUAUUGUUUUUUGCGGACAUUUUUUUCACUUGUCCGCUAAAUACCGACAUAAUACACAACAUAUUCAUAGCUGUACGCAUUAAUUAAUUAUUAUUAUACGUAGAACAACAAGUAACUGCUAUAUCUGACGAUCGUUUUCAUCCCCGUGAAUCAAUUAUUGUUUAUUGUUUUUUUAUUGAUAAUCUCAGUUUGUCUUAGACAAAAUGUGCCAUACRACGAUUWCUGGUACUGACGACGACGAAAACAUGGACGAGAUCUCUUCAACCUCUCCGCCGCCGCCGACGACUAACUCCAAGAAACCUGGAAAACUACACAUCGAGCCCCGGAAGAUCCGAAAGCCGUUGAUGGAAAAAAAGCGACGGGCAAGAAUAAAUCAGAGUCUGGACGAACUUAAACGAAUCGUAGUGGACGCUGAGAAAUUCGCCGGGCAAGACCUCUCUAGAGUAAACAAACUGGAAAAAGCCGACAUCCUGGAGAUGACAGUCAGGUACCUGAAGCGGAAGUCGACGGCCUCAGCACCACCACCACCACCGCCUGGACCGGAUGUUUACGCGGCCGGAUACAGGAGGUGCAUAGGACAGGUCCAAGAGUUGUUGGCCGAACAGUGGACGGACGAGCGGCGACAAAUAUCCGGUCAAAGGAUGAUUGAGCACUUGGAGUCGUGUGCGAGGAGGCUGAAUAACGCGCCGACGAACCGAUUGUCAUCGUCGUCUUUGGCAUCUUCUCCGGACGAAUCGCCGAACACCAAUGUUACGAUCAUGAACAAUACCAACGUUAGCUCAUUGUCGUCAUCUUGUUCGUCCGAGGAUGACUACAGUAACGCGGCGACGGAAUUACGCCGAAACGCCACCCCCGCAAAGUUGAUGUGGAGGCCUUGGUGACUGACAGCCGYGGUACCACAUCACUCUUGUUUUCGCGCCCCAGUUUGUCAUACGUGAUACGUUAUACAUCAUCGCGUCGUAAUAUUCUGAUUUUUAAUAAUAAUUGUAUGCCGUUAUUGUAUCUGUUCUAUAAGACUUUAGUUCGUAAGACAUAUGUAAAUAUUAAAUGUUGUACUUUGACCAUAA